UGAAUUCUUGUGGUUAUGUUUUGACAAUUUUUUCUUCUGAUAAGAUGUACUUUCCAACAGUUUUUCAUUCUUCAAAAAAUAACGUGUAACAAUUAGUGGUUCAAAAUGAAUAUCGGAACUGGAAGCAGACAUAAUAACGAUUUGCAGUAUGUGACUUUCAAUCAGGACCAAUCUUGUUUUGCCUGUGCUACAACUACAGGUUUUAGAAUCUUCAAAUGUGAACCGCUAAAGGAAAGGCUGAAACAUGACUUUGCUAAUGGAGGUCUUGGGUUCAUAGAAAUGCUAUUUAAUUCUAAUUAUUUAGCAAUAGUGGGUGGCAGUGAAAGACCUUUAUAUCCCUCAAACAGAGUUCAGAUAUGGGAAGAUCUAACCAAAAAUGUGAUGCUCAAAUUAGAAUUCAACUACCCUGUGCUAGGCGUGAGACUCCGUAGGGAUAGAAUCGUUGUAGUUAUGGAAAAAAUGAUUAAAGUAUUCACUUUCACUCAAAAUCCAACACAACUUCACAUUUUUGAAACACACAGUAACCCGAAAGGUUUGUGUGCAUUAUGUCCUAACAGUGACAAUGCUUUACUUGCUUUUCCAUGGAAUAAACCGGGCACAGUACAACUUAUUGAUCUUGCCAAUGCUGAUAGGAAUUUUAUAAACAUAGGUGCUCAUUCAUCCGAAAUAGCUUGUAUGACUCUAAAUAAUCAGGGAACACGUUUGGCUACUGCUAGUGAAAAAGGAACGUUAAUUAGGGUUUUCGAUACUUCCAAUGGAGAAUUAUACAUUGAGCUACGGAGAGGAAGUAACUAUGCAACUAUACAUUCUAUUAACUUCAGUCAUCAAUCGACAAAGUUGUGUGUUUCUUCUGAUCGUGGCACCAUUCACAUUUUUGCUCUAGAUGAUCCUUCACUGAAUCAGCGUUCCCAAUUGGCUAUGUCUAGUAUCUUAGCAUCAUAUUUUUCUUCUAGCUGGUCAUUUUGCAGGUUUUCAAUUCCUGAUUAUCCAACAUGCAUAUGUGCUUUCAGUUCAAAUGAUGACUAUAUCCAUGCUGUUUGUGCUGAUGGUUAUUUCUACAAAUUCUCUUAUGACCUUCAAGGUUCCUUUACAAGGGAAUUCAGUACAUCCUUCUUAACCCUUAGUGAAAAUACUGACAAUAAUUUGGCUUCAGAAUGAUUUCUGCCAAAUUGAACAUAAGUUGUUAAAUGAAUUUUCAAAACAAUUGUGAUCGCCUUUGUAUUAUCUGUUAUAUGUAUUUGAAGUCUUGGAAGAAGCAUUAAAUUAUUAUCAAGCAUUGUGAUGUGUCCAGAGAAUAUAUUUAUUUGAAUGAAAAGAUUAAAAAUUUUUAUGUAAUAUUUGUUAUUUUAUAUUUGGGAGUUACAGACUGUGGAGCAUCAGUGAAGACAGAGAAAAUUGAAAAUAAAUUUAAGAUUUUAUUAUGUUAUGUACUAUAAAAUUGUGAUUUUUUCCCAGUGAAUAUGAUUUAGAUUCUAAAGAAAAGAUAUCUGUUUGCUUGUUUAUCCUAGUUGGAAUCUAUCGAGUGUAUUUCCAUUUAUCUGAUUCAGCAAUAUAUAUAUUUUUAUGA